GUCGAACGCGUCGCUCUAAUGGACUUUGCAUACACAUUUCUUCGUGCUAAACUAUUAAAUGGCAAACAGAGCAAUGCUAGAAUUGCGAAAUAUCUUGUUCCUUUAACCGUUCCUUCGAAACUUCGAGGGUUUAAAAGUGUCGAAUGA